CGGGUGGGCAAAAAAGGACCGAACAGUAACGAUGACGUAGUACGGCUGCUGCACACAUGUGAUCGCUGACAGAAAAAAGCGAUACAGAGAAAGAAGGUGCCAUCGUCCAUCAGCUUUUGACAGCCGCAGGUCCUCGACGUGAAGAUGAAACGAACAUGAUCAGGAGCAAUGAUGGCGCCUCUAAACGUGAGUGGAGGAGGGCGAGGGUGCCAGAAACGCUUCACCUUCUGUCCGCCGUCAUCGUCUGGCUGGUGACCGGGACCACCAUAUCCAGCCUGAACAAAUGGAUCUUCGCCGUCUACAACUUCAGAUACCCGCUGCUCCUGUCGGCCCUGCACAUGCUGACAGCCAUCGUGGUAGACUAUGGGCUGAUCAAGUACUGGUUCGUCCGCCGCAGAGGGCUUGAUGAGCACGGCCUGACGUCCAGCGCCAAGUUCAAGGUGUUUCUGCUGAGCCUGACCUUCUGUGCCAGCAUAGCGUUUGGAAACGUGGGGCUCAAUUAUGUUCAGCUUUCCUUCGCCCAGAUGAUCUACACCACCACCCCCAUCUUCACGCUGGCCAUAUCGUCCCUGGUCCUCGGGAAGCAGCACCACAUCCUCAAGUACACAGCCAUGAUGCCCAUUUGCCUCGGGGCGUCGUUCAGCAUUAUGGGCGAGGUCCAGUUUGACCAGACCGGCUGCUUGUUUGUUUUUGCUGCCACCAUGUUACGUGGCGUGAAAAGCAUCCAACAAAGUAUCUUGCUCCAGGAGGAGAAGAUCCACUCAGUUUUCCUGCUCUACCUGAUGGCCAUCCCCAGCUUCUGCAUCCUGGCCGUGGCCGCCCUGGUGCUGGAGAACUGGGCCGGCCUGCAGUCUCCUGUUCACUAUGACCGUCAUCUCUGGGGCUUCAUUCUGCUCAGCUGCUUGGGCUCUGUGCUCUACAACCUGGCCAGCUGCUGCGUCAUCAGCCUUACCUCUGCUGUUACCCUGCACAUCCUGGGCAACCUCAACGUGGUGGGCAAUCUACUGCUGUCACAGCUACUGUUUGAGAGCCAGUUGUCAGCCCUGAGCUGUGCUGGAGCCGCUCUGACCCUUUCUGGUAUGAUCAUCUACCAAAACUCUGAGUUGAUUGCUGGGUUUCUGGACGCCCGUCAGGCCAGACCUGCAGUGGCCAGCCAUGAGAGGAAAACCAGCACUAGAGAGGCAGAACCAGAUUCAGGAUCAACUUCCAAAACAUCAUCUGAUAUGGAGCCACCUCUAAAUCAGUCUUUAGAGCUAUCUUCAGAAAAGUGCCACACUGAAGAACCAUGGGCAGAACUGUACAACGACCUAGAACCAUAUCUUGAUCUUGAGCCAUCUCUAGAAACUUCUCCAAUACUCUCCCCUGACCUAGAACCAUCUCCAGAUGCAUCUCCUUCAAUGUAUCAAGAUUUAGAGCCAUCUCCUCCAAUACUCUCCCCUGACCUAGAACUGUCUCCAGAAGCAUCUCAAAAAUUGUGUGACAAUCUAGUGCCAUGUCCAGAAACAUCUCCAAAACUGCACAAUGACAUAAAACUGUCCCCAGAACUGUAUCAUAAUCUAGAAACAUCUCCAGAACUGCACCAAGACCAAGAAACAUGUGCAGGAAAUUCUCUAAAACUGCACAAUGGCUUAGAAUUCUCUUUAGAAACAUCUCCAGAAUUGUAUCAUAAAUCUGAAUCAUCUCCAGAAAUGCAUCAAGACCUCAAACCAUGUCUAGAAACAUCUCCAGAACUGCACCAAGACCUAGAACCAUGUACAGAAGCAUCUGUAGGACUGUACAGAGACCUAGAGUUAUUGCCAGAAACAUCUCCAGAACUGCACCAUGAACUACAGCCCUGUCCAGAAACAUCUUCAGAAGUGCACCAAGACCUAGAACCAUGUGCAGAACCAUCUCCAGAACUGUACAAUGACCUAGAGUCAUUGCCUGAAACAUCUCCCGAAGUGUAUCAUGAAUCAGAAGCAUCCCCAGAAGUGCACCAAGACCUAGAAUCAUGUCCAGAAACACCUCCAGAACUGUACCAUGACUUUCCAGAAGCAUCUCCAGGACUGUAUGAUGACUUAAGACCAGCUCCAGAAACAUCUCCAGAACUGCACCAAGACCUGGAACCAUGCUCAGAAACAUCUCCAGAACUGCUCCAAGACUUAGAACUAUAUCCAGAAGCUUCAGAACUGCUAGAUGACCUUCCAGAAACAUCUCCAGCAUGGUACAGUGACCUAGAACUAUGUCCAGAGCCAUCUCAAACAUGCGAUGACCUCAAAAAAGCAUUUCCAGAACCUCCAGAGCUUUUUCCAGAACCAGCCCCCCAAGCUGACAUGUGGACAGAAAAGCAGACACAUGAGAAAAUGGACUGAAGUGUGAAAGAGUGUGGACUGGUGACUCGGGGAGCUGUGGUCAGUACUAAUGUGGAAUUGCCUCCACAUGAUCUGAAGAUUCGAAUGUGUCUGAUAAAGACUUUCACUCAAGUCACUUCUGGUACCUCCUCACUGUGCCAACGUGUGUAAUUUCAGUUAUGGCCAAGCGCACAAGAACUGUAUCUGACUUCAACAUAUGCCUUCUGAAAGCAGUGGCUUCCUCCGUUGUCGUCCUUUUCUUUGCUUGUUUGUUCUUAAGUGACCUCCAUUUCUCUGACUUACAGCCGGUACGCACUCACACACACUGCACUCAAUGCAGUGGGACUGUGUGAAGUUUCUCUGCACCAUCUGGAUGACUGUCAUCUCCACUGUGAAUUAACCAGCAGCCGAAGCGGCUGCAAACUUAUGUAUAUAUAAACUGUUGGCAGACUGUCCAAGCACUUUUUGGAACACCUCUCUGAGGGUGGAGAGUGAAGAGAAAGUAGGAGUAGUGUUUAAAAAAACAGGAUACAUUUAAGUUACUGAUCUUCUUGUCCCCAGUCUGGGUGGGGCUUUUUAAAGGCAGCUUUUCUGUGUGGAUUUCAGAUGUGCUGCAUUUGUUGCCUUUGUUGUUGUUGUUGUUGCUGUUUUGUCUAGUUUACAUUUACAUAAAUUAUUUCAGAAGCCCAUUUCCAUGAGGCAGAGGAAGAAAAUAUGUUAUUGACAAUAUCUUAUAAUAAUGACUCCUUUUCUGAAAAUAUGGACAUAGUAUCUUGUAAUAAUGACUUACUUCCUCUGGAUAUUGACAUAAUAUCUCAAAAUAUUAACUUCAUAUCUAAAAAUAUUGACAAUAUUUUAAAACAAUGACUUAGAAUCUCCUAUCAAUGUUCAAAUAUCAAUAUUUUCUCAGGAUAUUGACUUGGUAUCUCAAAACUUUGACUCAAUACUUCAAAACAAUUACUUUUUUUAAAAUGACUAUAUAUUAAAAUGACAACUUGCUUUCUUAAAAUAUUGACUCAAAAUAUUGACUUUUCUCAUUUGAAAUAAUACACGUUAUUUUCUCAGAAUGGAUUUGCUAGAUCAAAAUAUUGAUAUUUGAGCAUGUCUCUCAAUAAGGAAGACUCAUAAAACAAGCACUUACUUUCUUGAAAUGUAAUAUUUAUCGCAGUAAAUUUAAUAUUUGUUUUGACAUGGUAUCUCAACAUUUUGAGGAAAGAAGACAUUAUUUCAAGAUGCUAAGUCAAUAUUUUGACAUGCUGCUGCAGAAGAAGGAGGAAAAAAAACAUUAGAUUUUUUUUUUGUUUUGUUUUUUUGUUUUGGGCCUGCAUAAAUUACAGACUGGCGCGAGUGCUGGAUCUGUAUUUAUGGUUUAGUUUACCGUAGGGACGCACAGGGCAAAGAAAAAGGCUGUGUUUCUGUCUCUGUCCUUGAUGUUUACGCCCAGAUAGGUAUGGAAAUACACAAAGUGGUUGCUGUGAAAAUAAACGGUAUUUCCAUUUGGAUCUUCUGAAAUUUGCCACACAGUAAACAAGAGGUUAAAAACGAAGGCAUACUGUCCAGACACAAGCUGAUUAAUCUAUUAUCUUACCAGCCUGUACUAAUAUGGCUACAGUGAUUUUUUUUUUAUAUAUAUAUAUAUAUAUAUAUAUAUAUAUAUAUAUACAUAUAUAUAUAUAUAUAUAUAAAGUUGUGGUUAGUGUUCUAUUUAUAGAAUACUUGUGUGUCCCUGUGGAGUUCAGGCAUUAAUGGGCAUUUUAACAAUGUCCUUAACCGACUGCUAAAAAAAGAUGGCUGGGUUGUCUUACAUAAUCCUCCUUUGUGGACCUCUGUUAUUAGAUUUCUCUCUCUGAGGAGACUCAGACAGCUUCAGCACAUCGUCAUCUCAGUAGAAAGGAAUAGGUUUCUGCGGGUGUUUCUUCUUCACUGGAUUUUGUUGUUUGUUUUGAUUUGACUGUGUUACUUGACCUUUGCUGGACAGUAUUAUUGUCGGCCCACUCUGUGCUGUCGGGGAUUUUAUGUUCCUUUAAAGGACAGACGCUCUAAUAGAGGUCAUAGGCCUUUGGCUGUGUCACUGUGGAUACGUCGCCAUCUGUUGGAUGGAAAGUAGAGGCACACGUUUACAAAACCUGGUUCUUCAAGGGUCCUUUGGUAAAGAAAAAGGUUCUAUAUAGAACCAUGAGCACUCAGACAGCCCUCUGCAUGAUUAAAGGGUUCUUCAAAUUGAUGAAUAAUGUGCUGUAGAGGAUUCUAUAUGGUGAUGUCGAGCUCGUAACAAUAGAAGAACCUUUUUGGGUGCUUUAGCGAACCCUUUUCAAAAAUGUUCUACUGCAUAUAGAACCCUCUACAGCAUGUUAAUGCACAAUUUUCAUCAGUCUGAAGAACGCUUUCAUAAUGCAAAGAACCCUUCAAUAAACGAUAACAAAUGAAGAAUGAGAUGUAUACUCUUAAAAUAUGGUUCUUUAGUAAAGAAAAGGUUUUUAUAUAGAACCAUGAACAAAAAGCAUGAUUAAAGGGUUCUUUGCAUCAUGAAAGGGUUCUGUAGAUUGAUGGAAAUUGUGCAUUAAUGUGCUGUAGAUGGUUUUAUAUGUAGAUGUCAAGCUAAUAACAAUAUGCUUUAAAGUACCCUUUUCCAAAAGGUUCUGUAUAGAACCAUCUAUAGCACAUUCAUGAACAAUUUCCAUCAAUCUGAAGAACACUUUCAUAAUGGUCCAUUUUCUGUACUAAAGAACCCUUGAAUGACCAGCUUUUUAAGAAUGUACAUCUCGUUUAUUUAAUGUAUAACAGGUGGCCCUCUAUUUGUGAACAGGGUGGACUAAAACAUUGUAAUAGUUCUGUUUAGAAAUGCUUUUCAUCUCCAUCAUGUUUGCCUGACGGGUGCGGUUUAUAUAGACUAAUAUUUGCAUGAUUUGAGUGUGGAUGAAUGUUUAGGUAUUUCUUUUGGUAUUAGAGCACACCCUGCAAUGUAUUUGAGCGUGUGCCUCUGCAAAGAGCUCCAAAAAAGUCAUAUUGUCUAAGCGAUACUGAAUGCAACUUAUUGUCCUUUAGUGCCGACCCCUCCUGGUCUGUGAAUAUUACCUGCAGAAUUGUGCACUUGUUUCACCAGCUUGUGGAAAAGUUAUUUUGUUAGGGAAAUAAGCGUAAACAAAGUGGUGUCUGGCAACCGUCAACUGAUGUUAAAUUGCAAUGAACUCAUACAGAGUUCAUUUUUAGUGAGACCUGCUGAGCUAAAGUGGACUGUUGUCCGUUUGGAGUUAAAUACCUCAGUCAUUAUAAUGACCUUUAAAAUAAAUAGUGGUUUAUCGAGUAAGACAGGAUGUUCUUAAUGCUGGUGACCAGUGAGUAUCUCCGAUAAAUCACCUUCCACAAAGCAAACAAACACGAACAAACCUAAACACUAGGUGUGCCAUUUCUAGAAUGUUACCUUAUUCCUUUUGGUGUAUUUGCCUUAAAGGGCCCAUGUCAUGGAAAACGUUCCCUUUGAUGUUGUUUGAUGUAGUAAGUAAACAUUGUUUAUUUCAAAACAUACUGUUUACUCCUCAGUCAGUCACACAAGCCAUCCUAUUUACACAAAUGCAACAGCAGUUGAGCCCCACCCACUCACACUGGAGCCCAAAUGAGGCACAGUACAGGGCAUCCAAUCAGGACAAGCUCAUUUACAUAUAUCAGUCUUAAAGGCACAGUAACAAAAACAGCCUGUUUUAGAUGAUGAAGAGAGUUUGAAAAUGAUCAUUUGAAAGUGAAUUAUGACUGUUUUUGAUACAUAAAAUGACACAAAUAUCUUACGUGGACUUCAGGGGGUAAAAAAUAAAAAGUGUGAUAUGGGCCCUUUAAUUGACACUUUAUUUUGAUGGUUUCUUAUAGAUUAUCUGCAAAUGUUCUAAUUGUUAACAAGAUUUAUUGUUGUUGUUGUUGUUGUUGUUGUUGUUACAAUGUUCAAGCCGAGUUUUAGUUUGAGGUUAUAGGGGAGUUCCGCCAAUGUCUUAAAAUGUCCAGCUAAUCAUAUCUAAAGGUGUAAACGGAGUUAUUCAGAGAGGUUCUCAGUUCUAGAGAAACUUACCAAGUCAGAAUUGUUCACAGUGGUGGUGAUGGGAACCAGACGUCCACCUCUAACAGCCCCCUCACAGAAAGUUAUUACAUGAAAUGGUUAUGAAUGCUCUGUUUGAUAUGAGACAUUGUUUUACGAUAGUUUAGAGAAAGUUUUGGCUUCAAACUUAUAUUUUAUUUAUCCAUUCUUGUUGAAAAACAAUUUUUUCAGAUUUUUUACUGUAUCAUCAUCAUCAUGAUUCCAUAUAAAACUCAGAAGGCACGUGUAGGUUCAGUUUCACGUGUGGUUUUGGACGGUAAACAAAAUGUCUAUAUUUGUGUUGUGUUCGUGACAACACCUGGUUCCUAUCAGCACCACUGUAAACAAAUCUGAGCCAUUUCACACCAAACCAUUCUGAAUCACUUUACAUCACAGACACCUGAAUUAUGCAGAAAUUAUUAAACUUUGUGGAAUUUCCCUUAAAGAUUACAGUGAGUGUUUGAUUUAGUAUUUAAGAAAAAGUUGAAUUUAGUACAUAUUUAUUAUUUAGUAGAUAUUUCAUUGAAUGUCUAUUAAAAACAAUGUGAGCAUCUGCAGAAGAUCAUCAAACUAAAGUCAUACCAUCAGUUUAUUCUUUUUAGUAUUAGUUUACAUUAAAAAGCCAACUAUAAGUGCUGGUGUUUGUUUGGAGCUGUUAUUCUGAGGCAGAGCUGGUGUGUGUGCGUGUGUGUGUAUGUGGUGGGGGGAGGUGAUGUAAUGCAGUGUGGGCAUAGCAAGGGUGAGGAGGGGUUUAAUUGGAGACUUUUCUCCAGUGGGUUAGAGCACAAAAUUGCACUGAAUGAUUUUGGAUACGCUGCCUUCUGUGUGAUGGCUUCUAUGUGUACAGUUACCUGUGUCAGUAAAAUGUUGGAUGUAAAUAUUUAUUUUAUAAUAUUUAUGUAUUUUACAAUCAUGAAGAGGCUGGCUCAAUAUACCGUGUUGAGAAUGUCAC